AAAGGAAUCAGUUCGCUGGGAUAGUGUUGUUUCGUGAUUUCAACAAUUUUCCUUGAAUAUGAGCCUUGAGGAGACAGUGUUUAAACCGAUUGGAAAAUAUCAUGUUGGAACGGUGAUUUUCUUCCAUGCAGCAGAAGACAACGGGGAAGACUUUGCCGAAUUCAUCCGGUUGCUUUUGGGCCGCAGGAUGGAAUUCCGGCACAUCAAGGUAAUAUUUCCGACCGCACCUCUUCAAACGUAUACACCGAAAGGAGGCCGGGAUGCUAACGUUUGGUUCAACUGGAAGCGCAUUGAACGCGAUUGUCCGGAAAUGCUCUCAUCGCUGGCAUCGAUCUACGACCAGGUCGAAGCCAUCAUUGAGCGGGAAAUAUCGGAAGGCGUUCCGGCCGGUCGAAUUAUCGUUGGUGGUUUUGAAAUGGGAGGAACCAUGGCCUUACACACAGCGUUUCGAGUAAACAGAGAUUUGGGAGGAGUUUUUACUCUUUCUUCAUUUCUUAACAGUGGGUCCAUCGUUUACGACUCGAUGGAAUUUGUGACAAGGGAUGAGCGACUACCGGAAUUGUUAAUGAUCCAUGGCGAGUUAGACAACCUCAUUCCGGUGGAUUGGGGUCGGGCAACCUUCGAGGAGCUAACUAACUUUGGAGUACAAGGCGAGUUCGUGACGCAGUGGAAUAUGGCCCAUGAAAUACGCCUCAAACAUCUGCAGCAGAUUAUCCAGUGGAUUCUGAUGCUAGUGCCACCACCCCGGGAUGACAUUCCGACACCUCCGCCUCGGCCGGCCAAGGAGGAAUCGGAAAACAAGAAGGACGAAUCGGAGAUUAUGAUACGGAUGUUCAUCAAGAUAUUCGGGAAAGAAUUUUGAAGACGUUAGAUACACUUUAUAUUUGAUCAAUGAAUGUAAGCUUAUUUAGCUUGGUUAUUUUUGAACAGUGUCAAGUAAAAACAAACUAAAUUUUAAAAAUUUUAACUUGGUAUCUUCGGUACAUCAAAUUUUUGUCAAAACAUAAACCUUUCCUUGUGCAAGUUGAUGUUCUUUCACGAAAAAAAACACUAAUUUGUUAAGAAAAACGACGCAAAAUAUUGGUGGCUCUAGAGACUAGAAACGAAUUUAAAAUAUUGAAUAUUGAAAAUAUCUGCAAAGUCCUUAAAAAUGUGUAUUAAAUAUCAGUUAACAAUAAAAAUAACAAUUAAAAAUACCAAUGUUGAAAU